AAUAUUUCAUUUGGGGUUCUAUUAGGACUACCCUUUCGGUUUUAACACAUCAAAUAUUAACAAUAAUUUGAAAUGGAGUGGCCCAGCCGCAAUGUGGCCCAUGGGGGAAUCUUGCAUGCCCACAAGGUCAGCUACAGCCCCGAGACCCAUAAAUUUUUGAAAUUGUUAAUGGACGAAAGUAAGAUGACCAUGAUGCAAAGGAACAAACUCAACUACUACCUUCGAAACGGCGAGCCCCUUCCUUCAGCGAGAAAAAUUUCCUCGGGCUCAAAAUUGAACGUGCCUCUGGUCACCAUAAGGCCAGGGUCCUCCAAAAGGAGAUCCAGGGACACGAUCAUCAAAUCAGGGGUUUACGAAAGAGACAAAUAUUAUCCGAUACAUCCAAAGGUCGAUAGAGAAAAGGAGAAGGAAAAGUUACAGGACAAAAUGGCUUACAAUAAAGAGAUCAAAGUUAGGAAGGCCAAGGUGCUGAAGGGAAAAGAUAAAGGUGACGAUGAGGUAGAAAUUAACAGGUUUGAUCAGUUAAUGCAAGAAAUAAAGGAUAGAGAAGACUGGUUAAAAGAAAUGGAGGAAUUGGGACAAGGAGAAAAAUAUAGAUUGAUAAUUACGCAACAAAUUCAGAGCAAAGUUCGAGAAAUGCAAAACUUGAAAUUGCCGUUUAAGAAAUGA